AACAAUCAUGGAGCAGUCGAGGAGGUCAAAGCCCCCUUAACAUUGCGUUUGGACUUCCCGAUUUUACACUGCACCUGGCAGCUUUUGGCAUGGUAAAGCCUACUGCUUGUGGUGUGAUCGGCAUAACUAAGGCUUCCAAUUCCGAUCGAGCCCCCGUAUUGGCACCCGGAUCCUACUCAAUUGGUAUGGAGCCUCGCAAACCAUCUCGGCAUUGA